AUGCUCCGUGUACCGUUUUCCUUUUCAGCAGCGCGUAGAGUGUGUUUUUCUUCACUCUAUUGCCGCGACGCUUAUCUCCCCACAGACGAUAGGCGUACUGCUCUCACCAUGGGCAAACAACAGGGGACAAUCACAUCAUUUUUCCGCCCCGGAGGCUCGUUAUCUGGCAAGAAAGUUAAAGCACCUCCGAAAGACGCUUCCAAGGACAAGUCUCCAAACACAAAGAAACGGCCACGUCCUGUUUCCAACAAAUCGAAAGCCCCCGACAAGGCGGUACUUGAGGAGGGCUCCUCAAAGUCUGUCAAGCGGUCGAAGAACGAACCGGUUGAUAUGAACAAUGCCACUGCCCGUGCAGCAGAGACUGAGAAGAAAGGCUCGUCGCCAGAAAAAGCAAACGAAGGUGACGAUGAUGUUGUGGACAUUUCGCAAGACUCUGCAGAAGAUGGGCAGAGUUCCGACGACGUAGAACAAGAUGACAACUCUGAAGACAUACGUCCCAAGUCUGGUAAAAAGGAUCAAUUUUCCUCAUCCCGGCUAUACACAGCGAGGACUUGGAAAGAUGGAAACCCGGUACCUUACAAGUUUCUGUCCGAUGCUUUCAGCAAAGUUGAAGAAAUCUCAGGCCGCCUUGAAAUCCAGGCCAUCCUUACCGAGGUCUUUCGAAACAUCAUCGCCUCCACACCAGAAGAUUUGGUGCCCGCCAUUUACCUUUGCAUCAACAAACUCGCCCCUGCACAUGAAGGCAUCGAGCUUGGAAUUGGGGAAAGUAUUCUAAUGAAGGCCUUGUCUCAGGUCAGCGGGCGCACAGUCUCUGCCUUGAAAGCCCUUUACAAGAAAGUUGGUGACCUCGGCGACGUAGCGUUGGCAGCCCGCACGAACCAGAAAACUAUGUUUCCGCCCCCGCCUUUAACUGUUCGCAGAGUGUUUCAAGAAUUCAAGGCAAUAGCCGCCAUUACUGGGAAAAGCACACAGGAUGCGAAGCGUGGGAAAAUUGUCAAACUUUUGGUUGCUGCCUCAACGACAGAAGCAAAGUACGUUUCUCGCGCUGUGCUCGGCAAGCUCCGAAUUCAUCUUGCUGACAAGACUGUUAUCGCAGCCUUGUCGGCGGCCUUGACCCUUGAAGAACUCGGUGUCAAAACCGACAUUUUGUUAACUGCAGAUGGCAAAAAGAAAACCAAAAUGACGUCGAAGGAAGAAGACAUUGAAGAAACCCUCGGGGCGGCAGCUGAGGUGCUUGGAUCUGUCUACAGUCAGUGCCCAGUUUGGGAUGUUAUCAUCCCGAAGUUGCUGGAACUAAAGACCAUUGACAGCAGGCUGCAGGCUAUGUGCAAACUUAUGCCGGGCAUUCCAGUUUCACCAAUGCUUGCCAAACCGACAAAAGCAAUAUCAGAAGUCCUGGAACGUUUUGCUGAAACCUCAUUCACAUGUGAGUUCAAGUAUGACGGAGAGAGAGCGCAAGUCCAUCGCCUGGAAGAUGGAAGCAUCCGAAUAUACAGUCGAAAUGCAGAGAAUUUAACUCCAAAGUAUCCAGAUUUAGUGGAUAGCCUUCCAAAAGCACUGCAUACUGAAUACAAGGGGGCAUCUUUCAUUAUUGACGCAGAAGCAGUGGCGUAUGAUGUGCAGAAGAAGCAGAUUCUUCCAUUCCAGGAAUUGCAAGGCAGAAAGAGGAAGGACGUUGAAGCCCAUGAAGUCACUGUGAAGGUAUGCAUUUUUGCGUUUGACUUGCUGUUCUUUAAUGGAGAAAGUCUUAUUGGAGAAUCCUUAACGUCAAGAAGAGAGAAGUUAUUAAAUGGUUUCCAGGAACAAGAAGGGCAGUUUUUGUUUGCAAAGGGAGAAGAUUCGAGAGAUCCAGAGGACAUCAUGAGCCUUCUGAAUAGAAGCAUCAAGGAAGGAUGCGAGGGUCUCAUGGUGAAGGCGCUGGACGGUGACAACUCUACCUACGAGCCUAACAAUCGCAGCCAAAAUUGGCUCAAGGUUAAGAAGGAUUACCUUGAAGGCUGCGGGGAUUCUCUGGAUUUGGUGCCGAUUGGAGGCUAUCUUGGCCGCGGGAAAAGAGCAGGUAUAUACGGAGCGUUCCUACUGGCGUGCUACGACCCUGACACAGAAGAGUAUCAGUCAAUCUGUAAGAUCGGCACCGGCUUUUCAGAAGAAGCCCUUGAUAACUUUGCAAAGUUUUUCAAUGACCCCGAGGCUGAGAACAAGAGCGAAGGCGCGAAAUCAUAUUAUCGGACGCCUGCAUUGAAAACGCUGGAACCAGAUGUCUGGUUUGAGCCUGUGCAGGUGUGGGAGGUCAAGUGUGCUGAUCUGUCGAUUUCUCCUCAACACACUGCAGCGACAGGGCUCGUGGAUCCCGAAAAGGGUAUCGCACUGCGAUUCCCACGGUUUAUCCGUUUACGCGAAGACAAGAAGCCGGACGAGGCGACGAACUCAGAACAAGUUGCGGAAUUUUACAUGAGACAAUCGUCCGUUGCUAACAACGUGUGA